AUCCCAGACUAUAUGAACAAUUUUCAUGUUGUCUGUGGUGAUACGCGUGAUAUUUUGAUAAUAUACUGAAGAUUUAAACUGUUGUUAAAUCCCCUCUCAAACAUUUCCGAUCCCACAGUUGAUCGUAAUUCCCUAUAAACGGAGUUUCGAUAACAGUUGAAUUUUAUGUGGUCAUUGUUGACACGUUGCUAAACUGUAUUCCUAAAUAUAUUGUAAAAUACUGAGUCUAAACAAAGAUUUAUAAGUAUUUCUUUUUUUUUAAUAUAAAUUAUUGUUAUUAAACUAUUUUUAGUUUUCUUACAUAAUAAAUAGUUAAUCUUUUAAAUUUUAUUAAGAAUUUAAAAAAAAAUUGACUAUAAAGAAAAUAUUGAGGCAGGGCAGACGGCUGAUUAUCAUCAUAUCAUAAUUAUAACGAUUUCAAGUACAUUUGUUUUAUUUAUUAAGCGUUCAAAAUGUUUGCCACAAUAUACAAAUCGCUUUUUAAUAAAUCUAAAAUGGAAAAUAAUAAAUUAGAUCCAGAAACAGUUAUGAAAACUAGACAAAACGUAGAGAAUCUACUUACUGAUUUGUGUGAAGUAAAUGAUACUUUAAACGAUGAUGAUAAUAGUUCCAAAUCAAAAGAUAAUUCUCUUGAGUCUAUUGAGUUGUCUUUUGAUAAUAUUCAUCUAGAAUAUUUAAAUGAUAAUGAUUCUGUUGACAAUUUUGAUGACUCUAAGAAUGAUAUUAGUUUUGAUGGUAAUAAUAAACCAGAGGUUGCCCAAAUUGAAAAUUUCGAUGACAAAAAACUAAUAAACCAAAUUAAUAGUCUUCAAUGUCCAUUUACAUGGAAUUUGAAGCAAAAUCACAAAAUUUCACGGUUACAAAAUGAAUAUGGUGAAUAUAACUUGGAUAUAUCUUCUCAAGAAUUUUUAUUUGAAAGGUUUAUUGGUAAUUUAAUAAUUGGUUAUGAAAUGUUUCGUUUGGGAAAAUCUAAUUUAGCAUUAAUAAAAAUAUCAGAAAUUGGAAAAUGGCUUGAAGAAUUGGAUGAUAAAAGUACUGAUGUCUUUUAUUUAUCCAUUAAUUCUGGCCUUUUACAUGUACUGAAAGCUACUUUUAUUCAUAUAUUAUUUGCUACAAAUUCGAUUGAGGAAAGUAAAUUGUUCAUACACGAUAUUGUUCCAUUUGCCAGUUUGGAUCCAAAAUCAAGAGCUACUGUGCAUGCUAUACGUGCGGCUAUAUUAACUAAGUAUGAUGGAGAUGCUAGUCAUUACAAAAAAGCUUGUGAGUGUGCCAAAAAAGCGUGUGAUUUGAAUCCAAGUACUUCUCAUUGGUUUUAUAUUUAUUCACUUGCAUUGACUGCUCAAAGGAUAUUUUCACAGUCCUUUAAGUCUUCUCCAUCAGAAAAUGAAAUAAAUGCAAUUCAGCAAGCUAUUGAGCUGUCUGGAGGAAAAAAUAUUGUGUUUGAAUAUAAAAAAAUGAUAUUAAAAAGAGAUUCCAUUAUUUGGAAUUUUCAUAGCAAUAAGAAUAAAAAUGAUAAAUCUGUGAUUCAAAAAUAUUUGUUGGAUAAUAAAUCAAUUGUUAAAAUGAUCAAAACCAUAAUUUAUAUGGGUCCAAAAGACCCUCAUAUUGUUAUUAAUUGUGCUAGAACUUUAAUAACUCUUCCAUUUAUGGUACGUGAUUUAAAUUUGGGAAAGAAGUAUUUGACUAAAGCUCUAAAUAUGGCACCAAAUGAUGGAAGUGUUUUAAAAGCUAUUGAAAUAGUCGUUAAAGUUUAUAACAAAUUAUCAAAAAAGAACAAAGUUUCUACUAAUGAAAUGAAGAAAAAAGCAUUAGUCAAAAAUGAUAAUUCUUUUUUAAAUAAAGAAUUAAAAUCCAUUAUUAUAAAACAUAAAAAUGGUGAAGAUCUUCUUCCUUAUCUUACCGAUUUACUAGAUAAAUUUGAUGGAUAUGAAAAAUUAAAAAUUAUAGCUGAAAUAUGUUCAUAUACUAUAUUAUUUAAAAAUAACUUAAAAGCUGGUAUUGAACAAUUUGUAAAAUUAAUUGAACAUCCAGAUAUUGUAAACAAUGAUUUAAUUACACAACAUUGUUCAACAUUCUGUGCAAAGAAGUUUAAUUUAGCUGAACUUAUUUGUAAUGAAAUAAGAUUAGCUACUAAUUCAAAUAAAACUUCUUCUGAGGAUAUGUUGUUUUAUUUUAAAAUGUUACCUGUGAUUAUUGAAACAUGUAAUAUAGUGAUAAAAGAAGUUGAUCCAUUGAUGAAAAACGGGUUAAUCAAUAUUUUACCUACUAAAUUAACAUGUUUAAAUAGUCAAAGUGAAUCUGAUUUGCUGCCUAAUGAAGAUGUUGAUAAGACAAUUAAAAAUAAAAAUCAAAAGAAAAAAACUCUGAAAAAAACUAAAAAUUUGUAUUAUCCUGGUUCCAAAGGUUUUGUAAUUAACUCUCAAAUCAAUAAUGUUCAUAUGAAAACUCAUCAAACAAAUGCAAUUGAUAACAAUCAAUUGAAAUCAAAAACAUUAGAGUUUUUAAAUUCUUCUGCAGAAAAUCAAUCUUCAAAAAAUUCUAUCCCUUCGAUUAACGUUAACUUAAAAAAUUUACAGAAUAAUGAAGAAUUACAGAAUUACACUCAGCAGUUGUAUCAAAAUAUUUUAAGUAAUAUGCAUCAACAGUAUAAUUUACAUAAUAUUACACCUCAGGGUCUUAAUCGGUUUUUUAAUCAAAACCAUGCAAACCUAAACUGUUCUUCUCGACAAUCACCAUUUCGAAAUCCUCAGACACCUCCAUUACUCAGCUUAAGACCUCAAAUAACUCCAGAAAAUUCAAAACCUAUUAAACAACAGCCAAAAAUGAUGCCUACUAAAAAGAAAUGAGUUGACUCAAAUUUUGUUUUAAUAACAUUUAUAGCGAUUUCUUUAUUAAAACAACUAAUAACCAUAAUUAGUACUUGGAUUUUAUUUACUUAGGGUUGCAUCAUUGGUGUGUCAUUGUUAUGGUUUUUUGUUUUUUUUUAACGUCCACAUUAUUCAUUAAUAUGAACUGUUAAU